GUCGUGUAGUAUCGCAUCUUAAACCAUCGAAAUAUCAUACGGUACGAGAGAAAAUUGUGUUAUUGUGAUUGAAAACUUCAUCUCUUCAAGUUGGCAACAAAAUGCAGAGAAAUCUAACGCAAUCAAAGGAAGCAUUAUUAAAGUCAUACAACUCUCGAUUGAAAGAGGACAUCCGAAGCAUGCGUGAGAAUUUCGAGGAAAUCAUCCGCCUAGCGAAGGGAGAAAAUGAUACACAGCUAUCGAAGAUCACACAAUGCGAGCAGGAUACGUAUGAAACCCAAGUCCGCGCGGCCAAUAUCGUACGCGCUGGAGAAUCGCUCAUGAAGCUCGUGUCGGACAUCAAGCAAUAUCUUAUCCUUAACGACUUCCACUCUGUGAAUGAUGCUAUCUGCAGUAACUCUGCGCUCUACCGUAGCACCCAAAUCGACCGAGAUACCAAAUUGAUGGCCGUGCGAGACGACAUGGCAGCGGAUUUGUACGAUCUCGAGGAGGAAUACUACACUAGCAUCUACAAGUGAUCUUUUGAUAUUUAUUCUGAAUUUAUUUCAAUACAAAUAUACAUUAACACGUAAU